AGCAAAUCAUUCUUUGGGCUGCGGAAAAUCAACAGAGUUUCGGUGUUUUGUUUCGCAAUACUCACUCCUGUCCCUCUUUUGAUCAAUCACGCAAAACCGUCGUUCUUCUUGUCUCGUUGGCUACGUAUCCAAAGAUGCCCCCGGUACGGACCUCGCGCAAUCGCAAACCGCCCCCGGCAGGCUUCGAUGAUAUAGAGGAUACACUGCUGGAGUUCAGCAAUAAGAUGAAAGAUGCGGAGAAUGCAUCGCAUGACGGGAAAAAGAAGCACGAGAUGCUGUGGCCCAUAUUCCAGAUCAGCCACCAGAGGUCCAGAUACGUAUAUGACUUGUAUUACGAAAAAGAAGCCAUAUCAAAACAGCUGUACGAAUGGCUUUUGAAGAACAACUAUGCGGACGCCAACUUGAUCGCUAAAUGGAAAAAGCAAGGCUACGAAAAGUUAUGCUGCCUCCGGUGCAUCCAGACGAAGGAAACGAAUUUCAAUGCAACUUGUAUCUGUCGGGUACCUAAGGCGCAGCUCAAAGAGGAUCAAACAAUCCAAUGUGUUAGCUGUGGGUGUCGCGGUUGUGCUAGCAGCGACUAGCCACAUCUCGAAAACAAAAUUUCUUUUUCUGUAUUUUAGCGUAUCCGGGUUUCGUCAAAAUCAGUUGAGAGGCACAGGUCAUGCAGGUUAGACCUUUCUUUGGUACGGCGUUAGGUUAGGAAUUGAGACCUCAGAUAUCUUUUCCUUCCAUGUACUGUUUCCUCGUACGCUGCCCUUCGAACAUCUUUUCCGUUUCUGCUUCGCGCAUCAGUCGACACCGACUUACUAGGCUCUGUUCAUAAUUCAGAGAACAUACCUAAAGUUCUUAUUACAGUUUAUGGAACUAAAAAGUAACACGCU